AUGACAUCCUGCGAAGAAGUUGAGCAGCGUCGAAAUGUUGUGUUAACACCAGCAACACUUUCUUUGGUCGUCGUAAGCGUAAGCGAUGUUGUAAUAUUUGCUUCAAGUAGUGCGAAGUUCCUACAUGUUGUUAACCUUGUAUCGAAAUUAGCUGCAACCUACGGACUUCGACCGUCUCCCGACAAACGCAAACAGGAAAGAUGCGCUAGACUCAAUUUAGCAUUCAACUCAUUGAUCAAGUACUUGUGGUCGGUAUCCAUCUCCAGCGAAGUCAAGCUGCGAAUGUACCUAUCAGGAAUCCGCUGUAUCAUAAUGUACAGGUCAGAGACUUGUGCGACACCGUCAACAGAGAUGGAAAAGCUUGACUGCACCGAAAGAGUCCACAAACUUGCGGAAGUCGGGAUCGGCAUCUUCUUGGUUUUGGAGGAUCCUACCACUUGGGCAGCUGUCCAGAUAUUGGAAAAAGAGAUAGUUGGUUGGCGAAAGAUCUGGCAAAUGCGCAUACCGUGUCCAACCCUUCAAAUCUACAGCAAGAGCUCAUGCAAAAUUCAUCCAUUCGUCACUAUCCAUAGCCUGAAAGAUUUGGCGUCUCACGUCGGCUGCCCAUCGACACCGAGUGACCCGAGCACCGUCAGGUUGGGGUUUGGCAGUUUGCUGGAACGGUGGCUAGCUUAUGUGUCAAGUCAGUGUUUUUAUCCUUCCAGACAAGUCUGGUACCAAUUUAUCGACCCCGAACGGAUGAAAGACUUGCAUCUGAAAAUUGACGAGGCUGAAAUGCCAUCGUGCGAACGAACACCACCAUGCACCCCGAAAACACCGUGUUCUCCUCUCGAAAUUCAAAAUAACAACUUUUGCUUUAGAAAAGGACCGGACACUCCUGUAAUAUACCAACCGGAGGGUCAUCCACGACAAGCCGUCAUCGAUGGCGAUAUUUGGCCGCCUAUUUUCAAACCUCAGCAUGUGCGGUCGGCGAAGAACAUGGUUGUGGAAGAUGACGAUGUUUUCAUAGCGACCUAUCCCAAAUGUGGUACGACAUGGCUUCAGCAUAUUUGUCAUCAACUGAUUCGUGGAGAGAACUAUCAAGCCACAGAAGGGAAUGAGAUGUGUGUCCAAAGCCCAAUGAUCGAGCGUAUGGGAGCGAAAUUUCUCUCCACUGUCGCCCAUCCUCGUAUACUUAAGACACAUUUUUCGGCAGUAAACGUACCAAAAAGCAAAAAAGCUAAAUACAUCUUUUGCGUAAGAAAUCCGAAGGAUUGUUGCACAAGUUAUUUCCAUCAUAAUCGCAACUUCAAAAUCUACAAUUUCGCUGACGGCGAAUGGGACACGUUUGUGGAUCUUUUCCUGUCUGGUCAACUCGCUUUCGGCGACUACUUCGAUCAUCUAAUCGGAUGGUUGCCGCUAAUUGAUCAGCCAAAUGUACUUUUUCUAAUGUACGAGGAUAUGGUUAAGGAUCUUGAGGGAACAAUAUAUAAGAUAGGAAAAUUCCUUGGAGGUGAAGCAGAGAAACUCGUCGAGAAUCCGGAUCGUCUCGAAGCUGUUGCCCAAAACAGCGGCAUAGAAGCAAUGAAAAAAGAUCAGAAACGUUGGUUUCCCGAGGCGAUAUUGCACAAAACUGACUUCAUUCGUAAAGGUGGCAGUCGUGAUUGGAAGAAUCAUUUCACCAGAGAGCAAAGCGAUCGUAUGGAUGCAGUUUUUCGUACUCGACUUGCAGGAACUAUCGCUGAAAAGUGGUGGUACGAAGAAAUGGCAUGGGAAAUUCUUCCGAUCUCCGCUCUAUCGCAUCUUGAUCUCGACGAUGAAAUCGAAUCCGUAUCCAGAAGAGGCUCGUUCAGUAACGCUCAGCCUGAUCCGAUCAAAAUCAAAUCAUCUGUGUCGUCGCUGGUGAUCUACACGCAGCAAUACUUAUUCGCUGGUACACUGAGUGACAGGGUGAUGAAAGAGUAUAUCAAGCAGUCCACUGGAAACAAUAUGGAUCAGCUCGUGUUUUACAUACCUUGCAGCUAUGUUUACAGAGGUGACUCCGACCAAGCAAAUUUCGUUCAACUAAUGAAGGAUGCGGGCACCAGCGACAGAACACUUAUUGUUUCACUUACAAACAAUGCUACAGAUGUUGGCAAAUGGUAUGAACAGGGAGAUCAGAACGUCAUUGGAAUAGACACACCAAACGCUGUGAAUAAAACUGUGGCAUUUGGGUCAAACAGGGAGAAUCCAGUCACUUCUUCCACUGCACAGCCUACAACCACAGGCGUUCCUACAUCAAGUGGAACUACUACAUUAGCUUCGACAUCAGCAACAGCAACCUCAGUCACUUCCUCCACUGCACAGCCUACAAGCACAGGCGCUUCUACGUCAAGUGGAACUUCUGCAUCAGGAACAGCAACCUCAGUCACUUCUUCCACUCCACAGCCUACAAGCACAGGCGUUCGUACAUCAAGUGGAACUUCUACAUUAGCUUCGACAUCAGCAACAGCAACCUCAGUCACUUCCUCCACUGUAUUCACACUGAGCCCAUUUUCACAACCACCUCUCAAGGAAUGGGAGCCUCUACCAUGCAUACCGACCCCGCAAGCUUGUCCACCUCGUCGACUGCGGGCCCAUCCACAGCUUCUGGGGAACAGUCUUCUACAUCAACUCCUCUUUCCUCUACUUCCACUCACACUGAACCCAUUUUCACAACCACCUCUCAAAGAAUGGGAGCCUCUACCAUGCAUACCGCCCCCGCAAGCUUGUCCACCUCGUCGACUGAGGGCGCAUCCACAUCCUCUGGGCAACAGUCUUCUACAUCAACUCCUCUUCCCUCUACCUCUAGUCACACUGAGCCCAUUUCCACAACCACCUCCUCAAAGAAUGGGAGCCUCUACCACCGCAACUUGUCCACCGUCCCGACUGAGGGCGCAUCCCAUCCCUCUGAGCAACGGUCUUCUACUUCCACCUCAACCCUUUCCACCACCUCUGAGGAACCCCCCACCCCCCCACAAGCUUGUCCCUCCCCUGAGGACUCCCCCAUCCUCUGGAACAGUCUUCUACUUCCCUCUUCCCUCUACUCACACUGAACCCAUUUUCACAACCACCUCUGAAGGAAUGGGAACCUCUACCGCCCCCCGCCAAGCUUGUCCACCUCGUCGACUGAGGGCGCAUCCACAUCCUCUGGGCAACAGUCUUCUACAUCAACUCCUCUUCCCUCUACCUCUAGUCACACUGAACCCAUUUUCACAACCACCUCUCAAGGAAUGGGAACCUCUACCGGCCCCCGCAAGCUUGUCCACCUCCUCGACUGAGGGCGCAUCCACAUCCUCUGGGCAACAGUCUUCUACAUCAACUCCUCUUCCCUCUACCUCUAGUCACACUGAGCCCAUUUCCACAACCACCUCUCAAGGAAUGGGAACCUCUACCGCCCCCGCAAGCUUGUCCACCUCCUCGACUGAGGGCGCAUCCACAUCCUCUGGGCAACAGUCUUCUACAUCAACUCCUCUUCCCUCUACUUCCACUCACACUGAACCCAUUUUCACAACCACCUCUGAAGGAAUGGGAACCUCUACCGCCCCGCCAAGCUUGUCCACCUCGUCGGCUGAGGGCGCAUCCACAUCCUCUGGGGAACAGUCUACUACAUCAACUCCUCUUCCCUCUACCUCCACUCACACUGAACCCAUUUUCACAACCACCUCUCAAAGAAUGGGAGCCUCUACCAUGCAUACCGCCCCCGCAAGCUUGUCCACCUCGUCGACUGAGGGCGCAUCCACAUCCUCUGGGCAACAGUCUUCUACAUCAACUCCUCUUUCCUCUACUUCCACUCACACUGAACCCAUUUUCACAACCACCUCUGAAGGAAUGGGAACCUCUACCGCCCCCGCAAGCUUGUCCACCUCGUCGACUGCGGGCCCAUCCACAGCUUCUGGGGAACAGUCUUCUACAUCAACUCCUCUUCCCUCUACUUCCACUCACACUGAACCCAUUUUCACAACCACCUCUGAAGGAAUGGGAACCUCUACCGCCCCCGCAAGCUUGUCCACCUCGUCGACUGCGGGCCCAUCCACAGCUUCUGGGGAACAGUCUUCUACAUCAACUCCUCUUCCCUCUACCUCUAGUCACACUGAGCCCAUUUCCACAACCACCUCUGAAGGAAUGGGAACCUCUACCACCCCCGCAAGCUUGUCCACCUCGUCGACUGAGGGCCCAUCCACAUCCUCUGGGGGACAGUCUUCUACAUCAACUCUUCUUCCCUCUACCUCCAGCCGCACUGUGCCCAUUUCCACAACCACCUCUCAAGGAAUGGGAACCUCUACCAUGCACACCGCCCCCGCAAGCUUGUCCACCUCAUCGACUGAAGGCGCAUCCACAGCAUCUGUGGAACAGUCUUCUAUAUCGACUUUCGCCACUACUUCCGACUUCACCACCACUGUCGUGGAAAGAAGUAAACCUCAGAUGAGCAGCGGAAUAACUCAGUCACUUGUUUCUACUUCUUACUCAACAGAAUCCUCGUCCGGUGCAAUUACCUGCAUAUUUAUUGGUGACUUCGGCAAUCUCGGCAAAGAUGACACCUACUACCCCCAGGAACAAACGUUCAUAAACAAGGUGGCAAACAAAUUGUUUGAAGAGUCUCCAUUCCACUUCAACGCUGGUGUAACUUUUUAUGGAUAUACAUUUCAAGAGUUCGAUCCUUCAAGAGCUGUAAAAGCUACGGUCAGCAGCAACGACGCAUUCGAGCGAGCGUGCUCUUCACAGUCACCAUAUUUCGGCUUUGAUCCGGAAGGAACUGACGAAGCGAUCGGUCAAAUCAAUUACAUGAGUCCAGGAAAUGCGAACUGUUUAGUGUUCUUCUCAGCACAGCAGAACACAGCAGGACUUUCCGUGUUCACAACGAAUGUAUUCAAGAGGAUCGUUGCCGUAGGAUACAACGGAACUGACCUAAGCAGCAUAGUGCCUUCCGGGGUCUCAGUGCCAGUGCCACUUAACUAUUCUGAAGAUGACGUUUCAAACGUCUACCAAGCUGUAAUGGGCGGCUUCAGUUGA